AGGCCCUGUCCCCUGCCACUCAGCGGCCAGCCAGACGGCACGCUGUGCACCGCAGCUGCGUGGAUUCCGUGGGUGACGGGCCCCGAGGUGUAUCAGAGCACUGACCACGGAGCCUGGAUGUGGGCCACGGCGUCCCUGGGGCUGGAACACCUGCCUUCCCAACGACGGGCUGGAUCACGGCAGGGACGCUGUGGUCUGAGGUGGGGGGGGACUGGACACCCACGCUUCCCGCACGGCCUCUGCUCAGCGGUGUCCUGUCAGCAGGUGGCUCCCCAGGGGUCCCCCGAGGCAGCUCAGCCAUCACGCUGGUCCUGCAAGGGGGCAUCUCAGCCCCGGUGUCAGGCUCAGGACGUGUUUCUCUCCCGGUGGACAAGACACUGCGUUGACUUCCAGUUCCCGUGCUGACUCCAGUCCCGAAAACCCCAGCAGGGGCCUCUGCAGCGGUGUUUUUCUCCCAGCCUGAUCCUUGGAUCCGAUCCUCAGGAGCGAACUCUCAAGAUCGUGCUGCCAGCAGGGUCACAGGAGCCCUCAGUCCUCGGGCGGUGGCGGAUGAAAUAUUCAGUUUGACGGCUCCGCUCCCGAGGGUGGAGGGUGGAGGGGGACGCCUGCCUCCUCGGCCGGGCCUCUUAUAAAGAGGAGCCUGCUGGGCCGCAGAGCCCAUCCCCUUCCCCCUGCGGCCGCGGUGAGCCCCGGGAGCUCAAGGUGGACGGGAGCUUCGUCAGCUGGUGGGCAUGAUGAAGGCCUGCUUGGUGCCAGGGGUGGCCCUCUGCCUCCUGCUGGGACCUCUGGCGGGGGCCAAGCCGGUGCAGGAGGAGGGAGGCCCCUAUGCCGAGCCGCCCGCCAUGCCCUACUGGCCUUUCUCCACUUCCGACUUCUGGAACUACGUGCAGUACUUCCAGGCCCUGGGGGCCUACCCGCAGGUUGAGGACCUGGCACGCACCUUCUUUGCUCACUUCCCCCUGGGGACCACCCUGGGGUUCCAUGUCCCCUAUCAGCAGGACUGAGCCCACCUGGCUCCCCAGUCUCAUGCUCAAUAAAUUCCCGACUUGAGAUGCA